AUGGAUGAACAUUUGAUUGCUACCAUCAAUAAAUUGCAAGACGCUUUGGCACCUUUGGGAGGAGGCUCGCAAUCGCCUAUUGAUUUGCCACAAAUAACAGUCGUGGGUUCACAAUCUUCUGGUAAGUCUUCUGUCUUAGAAAAUAUCGUCGGAAGAGACUUCUUACCAAGAGGUACUGGUAUUGUCACUAGAAGACCUUUGGUAUUACAAUUAAUCAACAGAAGGAGAAAAAAGGACGAUAGUAACAAGUCAAAUCUUACAGAUGAAUUAUUGGAUUUAAAUAUCGAUGAUAAGAAAAAGGAAGAUGGUAAAUCACAAAGUGAAGAUAACGCUGAAGAAUGGGGGGAAUUUUUACAUUUACCAGGUAAGAAAAUUUAUAAUUUUAAUGAAAUUAGACAAGAAAUUGUUAAAGAAACUGAAAAAGUCACAGGUGUUAAUGCUGGUAUCUCCCCGGUUCCAAUUAAUCUAAGAAUCUAUUCUCCUUACGUCUUAACGUUAACUUUAGUCGAUUUACCAGGUUUAACAAAAGUUCCCGUAGGUGAUCAACCUCCUGAUAUUGAAAAACAAAUUAAAGAUAUGCUUUUAAAAUAUAUCUCAAAGCCAAAUGCAAUUAUUCUGUCUGUCAAUGCAGCAAAUACUGACUUGGCAAACAGUGAUGGUCUAAAAUUAGCAAGAGAAGUGGAUCCUGAAGGUACAAGAACCAUUGGUGUCUUAACUAAAGUCGAUCUUAUGGAUCAAGGUACAGAUGUCAUUGAUAUCUUAGCAGGUAGAGUAAUUCCAUUAAGAUAUGGUUACAUCCCAGUGAUUAAUAGAGGUCAAAAAGAUAUUGAAAAAAAUAAAACCAUUAGAGAUGCUUUAAGAGAUGAAAAAAAAUUCUUUGAAGAACAUCCAUCUUACAGUUCAAAAGCACAUUAUUGCGGUACACCAUAUUUAGCCAAAAAAUUAAAUUCAAUUCUUUUACACCAUAUCAGACAGACUUUACCAGAUAUUAAAGCCAAAAUUGAAGCAACUUUGAAAAAAUAUCAACAAGAAUUGUAUAAUUUAGGCCCAGAAACAAUGGAUUCUUCAAAUUCAAUUGUAUUAAGUAUGAUUACUGAUUUCUCUAAUGAAUACGGUGGUAUUCUCGAUGGUGAGGCUAAAGAAUUAUCAAGUCAAGAACUUUCUGGUGGUGCAAGAGUUUCAUUUGUCUUCCACGAAGUCUUCAAGAAUGGUAUCGAUUCAUUAGAUCCAUUCGAUCAAAUUAAAGAUUCUGAUAUUAGAACAAUUAUGUAUAAUAGUUCAGGUGCUGCCCCAUCAUUAUUUGUUGGCACAGAAGCUUUUGAAGUAUUAGUUAAACAACAAAUUAAAAGAUUUGAAGAACCUUCAUUACGUUUAGUCAAUUUAAUCUUUGAUGAAUUAGUACGUAUGUUAAAACAAAUCAUUACUCAACCAAAAUAUUCAAGGUAUCCAGCAUUAAGAGAAGCAAUUUCAAAUGAAUUUAUCGAAUUCUUAAAAGAAUCAAUCAUUCCAACAAAUCAAUUCGUUACAGAUAUAAUCGAUUCCGAACAAACUUAUAUUAAUACUGCACACCCUGAUUUACUGAAAGGUUCUCAAGCAAUGGCAAUGGUUCAAGAAAAAUUACAUCCACAACCACAAGUGAUGCUUGACCCAAAGACAGGUAAACCGUUACCAAGUAAACAACCACAACCUGUUUCUGCUACAGCUUCCAUGGAAGAAAAAUCGGGUUUCUUUGGUGGAUUCUUUACAAGUAAAAAUAAGAAGAAAUUGGCCGCUUUAGAAUCACCACCAACUAUCUUAAAGGCUACGGGACAAAUGACUGAAAGAGAAACUAUGGAAACUGAGGUAAUCAAACUCUUAAUCAAUAGUUACUUCACCAUCGUUAAGAGAACCAUUGCUGAUAUUAUACCUAAGGCGUUGAUGCUGAAGUUAAUCAUUAGAAGUAGAAAUGAUAUCCAAAAGAGAUUGUUAGAAAAGUUAUACAAUACAAAGGACAUCGAAGAAUUAACUAGAGAGAAUGAUAUUACCAUUCAAAGAAGAAAAGAAUGUCAGAAAAUGGUCGAAAUCUUGAGGCAUGCAAGUGACAUUGUUUCAAGCGUUUGA